GUAAUCUGGAUAUACAUUGGCUGCCGCAGCCACAGCGCAGCCAAUUGACAUGAAAUCCUCCAGCUUUGGCAUAGCAGACACAUGUUACUUGGCAAACUCAUAUUGGUAAGGUUCAUUUUUGAGGGGUUUCUUGGCUGCAUAUUCUAUUUGUCUUCUAAAGGUGAUCAGAUAGGUGCUCAAUUGAAUUAGAUGUGGCUCUGCUGACCUUGCAUUCAGUAAAUUGAUUUGAGAGGCUUAUUUUCUUUCUACUGUUAAAUGAUGAGAGUGACUGAUAUCAGGUUGGAGCAGUUUUUGGUUUGUGUAAAAAAAAUGUGAACUCUUCUGAUAACAUGGUAGGGUCAUCCACAGACAUGCAGAUCAUGGUUGACUCCUGUUAGACAUUUUUUGCAGCCAAAACACAACCUUUGAUGCAUGUUCUCUCUCUCUUUGGACCCUCAUGUUUAUGUACCCUUGAAUUUCAAUUGCUGUGCUGCAGUCCAACAUCUGUAGUUCCCUGCGUUUGUCAAAUUGGUAGCUAGAUGAAGGUUGGGUUGUCAUCUAAGACUAUGAACCACUCUGGUAUCAUGUCAAUAACACAAAAUGAUUCUACCAAGGGAAUUAGAGACUCAUAUUGUCCCACUGUAUCUCCAAUUCAUAAUUUUCUGCCUAUUGAGUCAGAAGGUCAAAGUUAUCUUGCUGCUGAAUAUGUAUCUUCACAUCCAUCAUCUUUCAUACAAAAAGAAUCUCUUAGUUCUUCUAAUCACAUGCGAGUGUCUACCAUUCAACUUCAGAGUAAGUGUCUAACAUUUGGGCCAAGUAGUCCUGUUUCUCCUAGUUCACAUGCUAAGAGUGCAUCUUCACGCUCUUCAGUGUUCUGUACAAGUUUAUACUCGUCGUCCUCAUCAACUUCUGAAACCCAGCGGCAGCUUGGAAAUCUGCCAUUCCUUCCCCAUCCUCCAACAUGUAACCAGUCUGUUUCUGCUGCUGAUUCAUCCAAGUCUCCAGCAGUUUUUAGUGGGGAUAUAGGCAAUCCAUAUGAUGAAGACAACUCAGAAGUUCUCAUUAAAGACUUCCUUAAUUUGCCUGGUGAUUGUUCUGAUGGUAGCUUUCCUGAUAUGCAUUGUGGAACCGAUGGUUUGGCCCUUACUGAACAGUUAGAGCUACAAUUUCUAUCAGAUGAACUUGACAUAGCUAUCACUGACCAUGGGGAAAAUCCCAGGCUUGAUGAAAUAUAUGAAACACCCCAACCUGCAUCAAAACCAGCAAUAGGGCUGACAUGUAACAAAAGUUAUCUUGCUGGGACACCAUGUUCUGACUCUCCUUCAUCUCUUGCAUCUCCUGGGCCAACCACUGUCCACAAGCCGAGAAUGAGAUGGACACCUGAGCUACAUGAGUGUUUUGUAGAAGCUGUCAGCAAGCUUGAUGGGCCAGAGAAGGCAACCCCAAAGGGUGUAUUAAAGCUUAUGAACGUCGAAGGUUUGACUAUCUACCAUGUGAAGAGCCAUUUGCAGAAGUAUCGCCUUGCCAAAUAUAUGCCCGAGAAGAAAGAAGAGAAGAAGUCAUCUAACAUCGAGGAUAAGAAACCAACUUCAAGUGGCCAUGAAAUUGAUGGAAAGAAGAAAGGGAGCAUACAAAUCGCGGAAGCUCUGCGCAUGCAAAUGGAAGUUCAGAAACAAUUGCAUGAACAGCUCGAGUUGCAAAGAACACUUCAGUUACGCAUAGAAGAGCAUGCAAGGUACUUGCAAAAGAUCUUGGAGGAACAGCAGAAAGCUGGUUGUGCCUUGGUUCCUCAAACCUUGUCACCGCUUAAUGAUUCACACAAUGACUCUGAGUUGCGACAUUCUUCUCCAUUAGUUGAUGCCUUGCCUUCUGGACCACCAGAAUCAAAAACUGAAUCAUCAUCACCUCAGCUGUCAAAGCAUAAAGCUGAUGAAAUUAGCAACCCCAAAUCCGAAGCAAGUCCAAAAAGGCUUCGCCUUGAGGACAAACCAGAUGAGACUACAGUUGAAAAUCCUGUGCAGUAAGAUUUUGGUUAUCCCCAGGCCAGCUGAUAAUUUCCAAUGAGUGCAUGCAUCUUCUAGAUUUAUUCGUACCAUGUAAAUUAGACAUUCAAUUUAGAUUUGGUUGUUUGUGUAUUUUACAUUUAGCUAUUUGGGCUAAAAGAGAUUUAAAAAAAAAAAAAAUCCCUUCCCAUUGUAUUGCAGUUGAACUUUGGAACAAGUUUGUUUCUGCCUCUUUGGUUCAAGCAGCUGCAUUUAGUAGUAUGUGUAUAUACUUAGCAGUUAUUCCUGUAAAAUAUUAAGAAAGAUAAUUUUAUAUU